CGUGGAGCGGAGCCGGCCGGCGGGGAGGCGGAGAACGGCCUGAGCGCCCGCGAGGACGCGGUGGUCAUCCUGGACGCCGGCGCGCAGUACGGGAAGGUGAUCGACCGGCGCGUGCGCGAGAUGCUCGUGCAGUCGGAGAUCCUGCCCCUGGAGACGCCCGCGUUCGCCAUCAAGGAGCAGGGCUUCAGGGCCAUCAUCAUCUCCGGGGGGCCGAGCUCGGUGUACGCCGAGGAUGCGCCGUCCUUUGACCCCGCCAUUUUCACCAUGGGCAAGCCCGUUUUGGGGAUCUGCUACGGGAUGCAGAUGAUGAAUAAAGUUUUUGGAGGGAGCGUUCACAGGAAGAGCGUGAGAGAAGACGGGGUGUUCAAAAUCGAACUGGACACUUCCUGCUCCCUUUUUCGUGGUCUGCAGAAGGAGGAGCAUGUCCUGCUGACUCACGGCGACAGCGUAGACAAGAUGGCCGACGGGUUCAAGGCGGUGGCCCACUCCGGGAGUAUCAUCGCAGCGAUCGCGAACGAGCAGAAGAAGCUGUACGGGACGCAGUUCCACCCCGAGGUGGACCUGACGGAGCGGGGCACAGACAUGCUGAGGAACUUCCUGUUCGACGUGGCGGGCUGCGCCAGCGGCUUCACCAUGCAGAGCCGCCAGCAGUCCUGCAUCCGCGAGAUCCGCCAGCGGGUGGACAAGUCCAAAGUGCUGGUGCUCCUGAGCGGCGGGGUGGACUCCACGGUGUGCACGGCGCUGCUGAACAAGGCGCUGCCGGAGGACCAGGUCAUCGCCGUCCACAUCGACAACGGCUUCAUGCGGAAGGGCGAGAGCCAGGCCGUGGAGGAGGCUCUGACCAAGCUGGGCAUCAAGCUCCAGGUGGUGAAGGCGGCGCACACGUUCUACAACGGCACGACCACGCUGCCCAUCUCCGAGGAGGACACCACGCCCAGGAAACGCAUCAGCAAGACGCUCAACACCACCGCCAGCCCCGAGGAGAAGAGGAAGAUCAUCGGGGACACCUUCGUCAAGGUGGCGAACGAGGUGAUGGAGGAGAUGGACCUGAAGCCGGAGGAGGUGUUCCUGGCGCAGGGCACGCUGCGGCCGGACCUGAUCGAGAGCGCCUCCCACAUCGCCAGCGGCAAGGCGGAGCUCAUCAAGACGCACCACAACGACACCGAGCUGGUCCGCAGCCUGAGAGACCAGGGGAGAGUAAUCGAGCCGCUGAGGGACUUCCACAAGGAUGAGGUGCGGGCCCUGGGGCGGGAGCUGGGCCUGCCGGAGGAGAUCGUCUCUCGACACCCCUUCCCUGGCCCAGGUCUUGCCAUCCGGGUGCUCUGUACCGACCAGCCCUACGUCUGCAAGGACUUCGCCGAGACCAACAACAUGCUGAAGAUCAUCGCCGACUUCGCCGCCAGCGUCAGAAAGCCCCACACCCUGCUGCAGCGGGUGAAGUCCUGCCUGUCUGAGGAAGAGGAGGAGACUCUGCUCCAGAUCACCAGCCUGCACUCGCUCUCCGCCUUCCUGCUGCCAAUCAGAACCGUGGGGGUGCAGGGUGACUGCCGCUCCUACAGCUACGUGUGCGGGGUGUCCAGCCAGGAGGCGCCGCACUGGGACUCUCUCCUCUUCCUGGCCAGGCUCAUCCCCCGCAUGUGCCACUCUGUCAACAGGGUGGUGUACGUGUUCGGGCCGCAGGUGAGGGAGCCGCCCGCGGACAUCACGCCCACCUUCCUGACGACGGGCGUACUGAGCACGCUCAGACAGGCCGACUUCGUGGCGCACGCUGCCCUGCGGGAGUCUGGGUACUCUGGGAAGGUGAGCCAGAUGCCGGUCAUCCUGACCCCGCUGCACUUCGACCGUGACCCCCUGCAGAAGCAGCCCUCCUGCCAGCGCUCGGUGGUCAUCCGCACCUUCAUCACCAGCGACUUCAUGACCGGCAUUCCCGCCACACCUGGCAACCACAUCCCGGAGGAGGUGGUGAUGAAGAUGGUGGCUGAGAUCCGGAAAGUUCCGGGCAUCUCCCGCGUGAUGUACGACCUGACCUCCAAACCCCCCGGGACCACCGAGUGGGAGUAAGCCGUUGGGGGGGGGGGGGGUUUGGGAGAAAGAGUCCCUAACUCUGUCUUUUUUUAUCCCCUUUACCCCUCCCUCACAGUCCCUCCCCCCGAUGAUGUCAUUCCUGUUAUCCGCAGGUGGCACUGUGACUCCGCUCCGACUUACAGCUGCUGCUUUCCGCCACCUUUUUAUUAUCUGUGGCUGUUUUGAUACAUGUACUUAUUCUUUUUGCCUUUUGGUGACCGUACGCCUAGGAUGACUGGCCACGGCUGCCCUCACUGUGAGGUCAGAGGUCAGAGGUCAUAGGUCCUGUCAGGGGUGCAGAGCAUCCACGUGCACAAACUAGCACCACCAAACAGAGCUUUUCUACAGAAAUCUGAAACUAAACAAGCAUCAGUUUUUUGUUGUUGUUUUUUUUUUUUUCAUCCUGUUACCCGACCACCUGCCUGGUUUCCUCCUGAGCUCACACGGAGCUUGGAGGACCAGACGCGCUUCUGCUUUCUCAUCCUUAUAAAACCGGUGCCGUGGCGACAGUGAGUACGAGCUUUAAGAGUUUCAGGAAGUAAAUCGACGGAUCUGAACGAACCAAGUUUUAAAAAAAUGACGUCAUUUGAAAUGCUCACUCCGUCUCUUGGUGUGUGAUUAAGGGGGUUUGGACCCCACCCGUGUGUCUUCCCUCUCUUUGACUCUCUUUGAAAGUUAUUUUGUGUGUUUUUUUUUUUUUUUCUCUCCCCGCCCCCCCAAGUUGCUAAAAGCGGUUUCUUUUGUCGCGUUACUCGCCCGUACACAAUCACGCGUUUGUGUGGAGUACAUUUCCACGCUCUUUCCCUUUCCUGUUUCGUGCGCUCACUCAACAGGAUCUCCAAUCUAUUCUAUUCAACAUUCUAACCAAAGACUAACAAGUGUUUCGUUUUUUUUUGUUUGUUUUUUUUAAAAUUUCCUUAUCAGCGCUGAUGUUUUUCGUACACAGGGGUGUGGGAUUUCCCUCCUGAUAUCGGGGACUAAUAAAAAUGUGCGGCAGACGCCUUUAAAAUGACACCACUUUCGUGUUCACUUUUGAGAUCAAAUCGUAAAAGAUUCACAAACAUAAAACGAAGCGGGGAGCAUAGCAUAAAUUGCAAAAACGGAUAAGUACUCUCGCCACUUUCAAAGCAAAAAAACCCCAAUAAUUUAGGCAGAUUCAAAGCGGAUGCGAAAGUUUGCUCUUGAGGUUAUCUCACCUGCAGCGAUUCUGUUUGCGCCAGAAUUGGAGACGGGAGCGUUGGGGCGGGCCCGCGCGGACGCAACCUCCCCGCGGCGGAGAGAGCCUCAGUUUGACUCGACUCACGCGGUGGAGCAGUGUAACUCAUCUCGGUGCUUUUUUUUUUUCUGCGCCCGUGCUUCUCCGCAUGCCAUGCCGUCGUGAACAUUCCACACACGCGCUCUGCUCCGACCAAACUUCUGUUCAGUCUCGCAGCCCAGUUCAGACCAGAGGUUCGCAACGCGACGAGCUGCACCUGGCGACUCUGCUAAGUUCUUUAAAAAACCCGCCAGCCGCGACGGCAGGCGCCAGCAUAAAGACGUUCUGAGAUGGGAGUUCACGCUGGUGCGAACAUUCUAGAACAGUUUCGUCAUGUCGCGAAUCUUUGGUCUGAACCGUUUUUUUUAACAUAACAUAAAUGCGUUCCUCAAUAUUUCUCCCUCUGUGAGUGUUUCACAAUAUUUCAUCCUUGGGAAGCGGGGGCUGAUAUCUUGGAAUAGUGAUCUAUUUUGGGGGAUGGGUUUCAUUGCCUUGUGAAGUUUUUGUAUUUGAAUUAAUCCGAUGCAAUCUUUUCAUUUGAUUAUGAUUAUUAUUUUUCCGUCUGUAAUGUGCCUCAGUCUUAACGCAUGCUUUUUUUCAACAUGGAGAUUUGUAUAACGGUAAAUGGUUUGUAAUAAAAACUGAAUGAAAAGUAA